AAUUGAUCAAUUUCACAUUAUUGUAGUGCAUUGUUGCUUUUUCAUCUUGACAAAAUUUAUAAACUGAAUUAUAAAAUUUACAAUAUUAAUAUUUGAAUUCAAAUCAGAAAUGGAUGAAGAAAAGUUAUAUCAAUGCACUGAAUGUGGAAAAAGAUUCAAGUAUAAACAUGUGUUAAACAAUCAUAUAAGAAUUCACACUGGAGAAAGACCGUUUGUUUGUAAUAUUUGCGGAAAACGAUUUUCCCAGAGUGGACAUUUAAGUGGUCACAAAAUAGUACAUUCGAAAACACGAAAAUUUAAAUGCAACUAUGAAAACUGCACUUUUAGUACUAAGUACAAAAGCAGUUUGUCGGAACACGUGAAUAAACCACAUUCACAAGCAAAUUCAUCUCAAAUUUCGUCAAAAGAAAUGAAAGUAAAUAAAUAUCCAUGUGAUUCCUGCAAUAAAAGUUUUUCACGUCCCUCUUUUUUGGAACGGCACAGAAGAUCUCACACAAAUGAACGACCAUUUUCAUGCAAUAUUUGUAACAAAAGAUUCAAACAAAAAGAGCAUUUAAAUAAUCACAUCAUAAAGAUUCAUCCACAGAAAGAAAUUGAAUCAUGCUGCAAAGCAAGCGUUGAAUAUAUUCAAGAUGUAAAAGAUGACAUUAUAGAGAAAGAGCAGAAAGAAUCAAUGGAAAAACCAUCAACGAGUGGUAAAAAAUCUCAAUCAGUAGAAUGUGAAGAAGCUGUUGUGGAAACUCUUAGUAGCGAUUCAGAAAAUACUGGAAUUAUGAAUAGAGAUGAAUAUUUAAACAUGAACGAACUGGAACAUUUACCAGAAUUGGAAAUAUUUUCAGAAGUGAUAGUUGAAGGAUUCGAACUAGAAUGUCACAUCUGUGAAAAGAAAUUUGAAGACGAGGUGUCUCGUAGAGAACACGAAGCAAAAUUUCAUUAAUUUGUUUAACUACUUCUGAAUGUUAUUUUGCAACACAAAUGAUUUGGUAACGAUGUUAUAAACAAUAUAAAUCUUGCAUUUUUUUUCGUUUAUUAUGAACUUUUCAUUUCUUGAUACAUAAAAUCU